AUGUUAUUUUGCAAGGGUGAUUCUGGCAGUCCAUUGUACCAAUACGUGAAUGGUGUGGCUGUACUGAUAGGGAUCGUAACGGGUAGUGACUCUUACUCUUUGUGUGCUUUCGAAGGCGAGGACCCGGUUAUGGCAACAAACUAUCAUUAUAUGUUUGUUUCGGCGAUUGUGUGUUACAGUAGUGUUCACUCGCGUCCCAAACACUACCCGACCGUAACCACUGAUGAGUGCGGGCGGGGAUUGAAAACACGGGUCAGGGAUGACACGUGUUUUACGUUUCACAAACACACUGAUGUAAUGGCCAACAUGCUAAAUGGCCGGGCAAUUGACAAGGGUGAUAUGCCCUGGAAUGUUUUGGUUAUCCUUUUCUUAGGCAGUGGUGUUUUGAUGAACGCUCAGUGGGUUCUAACAGCCGCCCAUAACAUUUUCUGUGAUGCAGGCACAGUCAAUAGGACCAUUUUAAUAUACAUGGGCAUAGUAAGUAUGCCGGAAGCAUUGGUAGCCAGCCCAAUAGAGAGUGACCACAUACAUCCCGAUUACUUAAAUGCUGAUGAAACUUUGGAAAUAGAUGAUAUUGCCCUAAUCAAACUCGGUCACCCUGUUCAAUUAGACCCUACCGGUGCCAAUACAGGUGUGAACAGCAUUUGUUUGCCCGACAAAAAUGUGACAAACAGUGCUAAAGAAUAUGCGGUUCUCAACGCAUUCGGCGACCCUAUGGCUACUCCGGAACCCGAAGGAGGCUUUAAUGACACGAAUGACGACUCGUGGGACAGGACUCGACUGCUCGGCGGUUGGAUAGUAAUCAAUGCAGCGGUUAAUGACGAGGACACUGACUAUUAUGGCCAGUUUAUUAUAGGCGAACAAUAUGGUGGAGCAUUCCUCUGCUCGGGUGAUUCUGGUGGUCCAUUAUACCAGUACGUGAAUGGUGUGGCUGUACUGAUAGGGAUCGUAACGGGCAGUUCAUCCAAUUCAACAGUUUGUAUUUGGGAAAACGAAGAGCCGAUUCCUGAUUUAGUGUUCUUCAAACAAUAUUAA